AAUAACAAAUUUUAUUAAAUGUGUUAUAGUAAUUUAAAACUGUUGCAUGAUGUCGAAAUUUCCCUUCAAUUAGAUAUUUCAAUUAAUUAUCAAGUUUUAUCGUUCAACUCGCUUUAAUAAUUGCCUUGCAAUAAGCCAGUCCUACUCCAAUGAUAGUUUUUCAUAAUUAUAAAUAACAAAAAUAUAUUGUCCCGGAAAGGGAAGAUGUGGAGGAAAUCGCAAUCAGAUACUUAUGAACAACCAAAUGCAGCGCUGUUUUUUGGAAAACAAUAUAAAAAGCUUUAUCCUACGCUAAAUAUAUGGAACUUGUUGCGAGUAUGCGCAGAACGGUGGAGUAAUCUAUCCGUCAAAAGCUUUUGGAAAGAAGACAACUGCAAGCAAAUACAAGCAAAAAGAAAGCAACACUAUUGUGUACCCACAAGUAUAACAAUUCCAUACCCACUUACCUGCUCAAAGUUAAAAAGUCGAUUUUUCACACGAAAAUUUAUACGAACGUGGAGUGAAUGGAUGGCGAAAGUGAAAAUAACAGUAGAAAAAGCCAAAGGACUAGGCACAAAUAAACACAAACUAUAUUAACGGAUAGUUUGUGCAGAAGUAACAAUUUAUAUAAAACAUAAGUCGGAUCCGUUGCACGAAAACAGAUACUCAUUUGAAAAACUCAAACUUACAUACAUACUCGAAAGUUAAGACGACCAACAUCGAUACUCGAACAAUUCGAAAGCCUAAUUAUGUGGUGAAGAGCAACUUUAAACUUUAGUUAGUGAAUUUAAAAGCAUGAAAGUUGCGAAGUAAGCAGCUCGCUUGGUCGCUCCCCCAUUCCAAACGGUGCAACGAACGCGCUGCAUUAGUGCACUGAAUUGUACGUGGGCGACAAUAAUCCCUUAAAUGCUGGUGCUGAUGGCGAACAAAUGGUCCUUGUGCAUUUCCACACUUACAUGGCUGACAUUGCUCUCAGUUACCAAUUCGGUUCGGAUAACAAAUCUAAAAGUCCCUCACACGUACACUUUGGAUCGAAAUACCGAGCCUGAUCCCCUGGUGCUGGAUUGCGAGUACGAGGUAGAGCCGCGCGAAAAAGGAUUCGUGUUAAAGUGGUUAUUCAACAAUCACUCCAUUUACCAAUGGAUACCAUCAGUGAAAGGUUUUGCCAUGGGCAUAAUGAAGUCCAAAAUAGACACCAAAAUAUUCACCAUGGAAGGCAGUCCUGGUGUUAUUACUAUAAAGAAACCGGAUUGGAAUAUGACUGGGGAGUACACAUGCACCGUACAAACGUUCGAGUCCACAGAUAAGAAAAGUGCCCGUCUUCAAAUUAUUGUUCCUGAGUCCGAUUUCGUGCUAGAAACGAAAAUGGAUGGAGAACAAAGUGGCGUAGAUAUAAUGUGCGCGGUGCAAAAUGUAUUUCCCCAACCCAAACUUUCUGUAAUGUUUGAUACAAAGAUAAUAGACUCAAUUCUGACACAUACUGAUCAGAACUCAAGCGGUCUGUAUAGUACGACAGUCAGAACGAGAAUUCCACGGGAUAAAUUGGAAUCGCCUACACCGAUCACUUGUGCAUUUUUCCUACUUGGUACCAAUUAUACUAAGAGGAGAGAAACAAUUUUCUAUGAUAAAGCGACAAAUAUACAACGCAAGUGGACUACAGUUGCCGUAGUAAUAUCGAUUGCAUCUUUAACACUGAGCAGUUAGUUUGAUAGAACAUUUUUGUUCACUUAGAAUAUUUUUGUUUAGAUUUUAAUGAAAACUGAAUUUCGCGGUAUUUUUAAAAGUGCUUAUUUUGUAAAUGCAUGUAAAUGUCAUAACAAGAAAAAUUAAAAAUCAUAUUCAUAUUUUUAUGUAUAAGUACGGACGUGUACUGAACAUUAAUAAAUACGAAAACAAAACACAUAGUUUAGAUCGAAA